UAGCUGAGCCGCCCUCACCCAUCAAAAUCUCCCAGCCUCCCACUCCACUCAACCCCUCUCUCUGCCCCGCAAGUCGCAACCUCGGCGUCUCCGCUUGUCCUCCUCUGCAUCGAGAUAUAUCGGUUGAAGGUACUAAUAGACACCGGUGGAAGAGGAGUGGGUCGGGGCAACAAUCGGCGCCGGUGACUCCUUCUUUCUAGCGGUGUUAAGACUGGAGGGUAAAAUUCUUGCCGGUCGAAGCGGCGGACAUCCGGGCAACCUUCUUCCUAGCCAGAGGCUACAGAUGUCAGAGCAAUUCAGCAUCAAAACUUAAGCUACAAAUUCUCAUACCGGUAUCCUCCAUUGCUGCUACGCAUGGCUUCUGUCAGAACCUUUAUUCUUAAUGGCGCCCAUAGGCACUUCUCUCCCCUUCUCAUCCAAAAAUGCCCAAUCCCGACUACUCACUUCUCACUGCCGCCGCAACAGCCUCUUUUGCUAUUCUUCAUCGCCGUCGUGCUCCUCCGCCCAAUUUACUCCCCAUCUCAGGAAUGAGUCGGAGAUGGAAUCCGACCAGUGGCAGCAGAGGCGGAAUGUGGUGGAGAUUUUGGAGGAGAGGGGAUUACUGGAGUCCAUCACUAGCGAAAACCUCCGUUCAAUUUGCUCCAACCCGAAUCUCCCACCCCUCAAAGUCUACUGCGGGUUUGACCCGACGGCUGAAAGCCUCCAUCUCGGAAACCUUCUUGGCCUUAUUGUUCUCUCCUGGUUCCUUCGCUGUGGCCAUAAAGUCGUUGCUCUCCUCGGUGGCGCCACCGGCCGUAUUGGUGACCCCUCCGGCAAGAGCGUAGAGCGGCCGGAGCUCGAUUACGUUACAUUGAAUCACAACAUCGCUGGAAUUUCUGCCAACAUUCGGCAAGUACUACUCUCUCCAGAUUCAUCUUACCUCACCUCCGACAUUCAGAUCCUAGACAACUAUUAUUGGUGGAAAGACGUGAAAUUUCUCGAUUUCUUGCGAGAUGUAGGAAGGUUUGCUAGGGUUGGGACUAUGAUGUCGAAAGAAAGUGUGAAGAAGAGAUUGGAAAAUGCGGAGCAAGGAAUGAGCUACGCAGAGUUCACGUACCAGUUGUUGCAGGGCUAUGAUUUUGUGCAUUUGUUCGAAAAAGAAGGUGUCACGGUUCAAAUUGGGGGCAGUGAUCAAUGGGGGAAUAUUACAGCCGGAACGGACCUUAUUCGCCGGAUAAUCGGAAAAUCUUCGGAGACCGAAGCAGCAGCUUCUUUGGCUCAUGGUUUGACAUUCCCACUUCUCCUCAAGAGUGAUGGGACCAAGUUUGGGAAAUCCGAGGAAGGAGCAAUAUGGCUCUCACCUUCCCUCUUAUCACCUUACAAGUUCUACCAAUACUUUUUCUCUGUUCCUGAUGCUGAUGUGGUGAGAUUUCUCAAGAUUCUUACAUUUCUCACCAUUGAAGAGAUUGAGGAGCUCAAAACACAAAUGGGGAAUCCUGGUUAUGCUCCUAACACUGCACAACGUAGGUUGGCUGAGGAGGUUACACGGUUUGUUCAUGGACAAGAGGGGUUGGAUGAAGCCCUGAAGGCUACAGAGGCGUUGAGGCCUGGCAAUGCAGAUACUAAGUUGGAUUGGAAAACCAUUGAGGGAAUUGCUGGUGAUGUUCCAUCCUGCUCGUUGCCUUAUGAUCAGGUGUUGAGUAUUUCAGUUUUGGAUCUUAUUGUUUCUAGUGGUUUGCUCGAGAGCAAGUCUGCUGCGCGUAGAAUGCUCAAGCAAGGAGGGCUUUACUUGAACAAUGCCCGAGUUGAUAGUGAGGCUAAGAAGAUUGAGGAUGACGAUAUUGUGGAUGGAAAAGUUCUGCUUUUGUCUGCAGGAAAGAAGAAUAAGAUGGUUGUUAGAAUUUCCUGACGUGUAGAGGCACAAUGCUAUCACCAUUAAAAUAGAUAAACCUUCAUGAUCAAGUUGUAUAUCUCACAUAGUUCUAUAUGCUAUCGAACCUUUUUGUAUCACACAUUGUCUGUUCUAAUAACAUUUUUCCAAAACCAGGUGGGUGGGAGGGAACAUUUGAUAACUUUCUAUCUGAAUUGACUACUUAUAUAUCUUCACAAA